GGGCGCCUCAUUCCUCUUUCUUCUUCAACCACGGCUAUUAUGCUUGCAUACAUAAUAUUGUGCCAUUGUUCUUCGCGAAUGGCUAAUAGUAACGAUUUGGCAUUAAAUCGCCAGAGCGGCGCGUCUGCGUUGUAGCUCCUGGCCCUUUGUCUUUCUACGCGUUCCCUUUCGACUGCAACCACUCCUCAGCCCGACUUUAGACUCGGAGCAUCCUACUGAAGUACCUUUUGGAAGAUGUUUCGAGGCCCUCACGAGGACUACAGCUCCGAAGACAUCAGAAACAAGCCUGGAAAGCCGGAAUGGGUGACUAUCUUCGACAAAGCUCCUGCAAGGAUUACUGGAAGGCUGCGGACUCUACACCAACGACGCUACCCGGAGCGACUGCAAUUUGUCGAGGCUAUUCACAAACACUUUCUUGCUGGUCUGCUUAAGUCAAAAUUGCCUAUUUUUAUACGAGAAGACGGUGAGACGGACCUAGUCGAGGUGCUAUGGAAUAUUGCUGCAGAGCUGGAAAUGUAUCGAGGUUUCUCUAAUGUGUACUAUCUCAGUGUUAUCUAUACCAUUCUUCGCAUGUUCUGUCGCCACUUGAUGCGGCAACUCGAUGAACGCGUCGAGGGCACCACCACGAAGGCACUUCAUUUUCUUAAGCUCUCGGAACCAACAUGGAAUGCCCUUUAUGAGGACUUGCCGAUGACAAUGCUUCAGAGCAAACUUCCUUCUCACGAGUUUCAAAGACCUUUUACUUUGCUUCUUGCGGAGACAUUCCGACUUCAUCUGAAAAUAUACAAUGAACCACCUGAUUUCUAUGAGGUUUAUAUGGCACAGAUCGCUCUUUUUGCGUGGACUGGUGCCAUCAAAGGCGGGGAAUUCAACUUGGCCAAUGAGCCACUCUUUGUGGUUGACGCGUCAUUACGCGAAAUCUCUCAGGAAGAGCUGGACGUGUUUCGAAACCAUACAAUUUUGUCUCAAGAUGAAAUCGUUCUGACAAGCUUUGUCAAAGCGUUCCUGACACAUACUGGUGCAGUUGAUCAAGAGCUUUUGUCAUCCCUUACACUUAUAUCCGACCUAAUGAUGCAUGAGUCUGUUGGUAACAAACGGGCCGAGGAGAAAUCGUUCGCCGAGCGUGUCCUAAUAAGCUGUCGAACGCAGCUUUGCUCGGGUGAUGAAACUUUCACUUGGUCAAUACUUAAUACAGGACUUCACUUCGCUGCAGACAUAUUAGAGCAUGACCAGCCUCCACAGGAAACAGUAGACCCUCGGUCAACAAUCUUCCUGCUUACCCGUAGCGCCCUCAUUGCUGCCCAGCAGUCAAGUGCGGAAGAUAUCGAAGGGUGGGAAUACUUUUUACGGUGUUAUGCGAGCGUUGUAGAUCGACUCGAUGAUGUUCUCGACGACUGGAAGGGGUCUUUUACCUGUGACUUAGUCUCACCUUGGUUGACGACUGCGGAGCGACUCGGAGCGCUGGAUACCCAAGAUGCUCCUCUCCAGGAGACCGUACUUGCUUCAUGGUUGCAAUUCGGGCUUAACUUUGACCUCCCAAAUCCUGUUCUCCCUUGCUCAAUCUUGCUGGCCUCACCUGCAUGCGACAGUGUCGGACCGAUACUCUAUAAUACCAGUCAUUAUAUAGGCUCAAUUCGAACAAUACAUUGCCACUGGAAGGAAUGUCCAUGCUCCUAUUCGGUUACCGAUCAUCCAGUUCGCCGCUGCGGCGGCUGCCUAGAUGUCUUCUAUUGCAGCACCAGAUGUCAGACACGUGACUGGAGGGAAGGGGGUCACAAACAAGUCUGCGGCGGUAGGAAGCGAAGAAAUGGCGCACGACGCUGUCCGGAUACUCUCUGCAAUCCAUAUGUUAAUGAAGUAUAGCAAUUUCAUGUAAUACUAUGAAACGCCUCUCUAUUCGGACUCCCGUAUGAAUGGAUGUAUUUUUGUCUUCAGGCC